AUGGAAUUUGAAAAGAGAAGCAAGUUUGAAAUGUCGUCAGAAAUGAAAAAGGAUAGUAAUGGUAAUGAAGAAAAUAAAGAAAAAAGAAGAAGUUCCGGGAAGGAUGAUGUAGGACCAACGAUGGGAGCUGAAAGAAGUGUUAAUGGACUUGAAGUAGAAUCACCAUUGAGAAGCGAUGACGCUUCACCGGCAGCAACCACUGGUGAAAGGUCUUGUGAUAGUACAGAAAAAACGAUUGAUCCCACGCCGAUUACGAAAGAUUCUUCGAAUGUUGACAGCGGCAUUACUACCCAUGCAUCAUCAUCUGCCAAAACCAAAGGCGGCCAGACAGCAACGCUUACCACGUCAUUAUCAGCUUCUGAGAUGAAAACAAGAGGCAGUUUUUCACAACGGCCAGUGCGGCAACCAGGAAAGCAUAAGAAGAAGACGUCAUCAAAGGAUUCAUCGAGUAGCACAGACUCCAGGGGGUUUAAGAGAGGCACCAGAAAAGCCAAGACGUCGAAGAAGCGUAAAAAAAGCAAGGUGUCUUUCAAAACCAACGCCUCUUCUGCCAAGAACGCCCGUUCGCGUAGCAAGAAGAAGCUCAAGGAGCGCUCGAUGAAGACAGCAAAGGAAGGAAGGAAUGUAUCCGAUGAUGGAAUGUUGCGGGAAAAUCAACAAAAACCCCUGGUUGACUCUGGAUCGGAGGAAAUGCGCGUCGGCGCUGCAGCAGACCGAGACCAAGGUCCCACACAAGUUGAAGAUCGUGCACAGGCCUUACAGCUUGCAUGGGAUAACAAUGAGGGUCCUUUGGCAGUUUCCCAAACAGCUUUGUCGCACACGACUAGAAAAAGUCGGUCGCGGAAUCGUGAUCGCUCUUUAUCCCGUUCCCGUAGUCACCUGCAGAUUCCUGGUCAGAAACUCACUUUAGUUACGCCGCUCUUUAUCCGUUCGUUUCAAACGGUCCGUGUUGAACCCGAAAGUGACGAGGCCGUCAUUACAACGCAUGUGAUACUGCAUUCUAGUGGCAUGACGGCCGAAGAACGCAAAGCCGAAUUAGAAAAUCUUGUCCAAGUAAAACCAGCCGUAGUAAACGUGUUGACGAUCGAUGAUCUGGGCUAUCAAGAGCAGAAAUCUACACAGAACGUCCUUGUUGGGAAGAAUAUGAUUGUCGUCGAACGAAAGUCGAUUCUUUUGAAAAGUGAAGAAGGGUGUGCUGUUCGCACUAAUGACGUGCAUAAAUACGAUCGGGUUUCUGAAGCAGAGAUGGGUCCUUCCAAAGAUUGUCCAGAUGCAGAAAGAGUGAAAGGGAUCCUCUCAGUGAUCGCUGAAAAUGGCACAUCUUGGGAAGGCGACCUCUAUCACAAAACUGAGCGUAUAGUUUUUAAGAUAAGCGGAACUCCGCUUUCAUUGUCGGAUAUCAAAACACUACCGUAA